CUCUGAAAUGGUUCCUCCCAGUAAUGGUAGCAGCAGCAUGGUGACGGAGAAUCCAGCGUGGAUAAACAACAACAACGACAGUUUCUGGAUUUAAACGGUUAUUUUGUGUUAACAGCUACCUUAAGUUUGAGUUUUGAGGACAUUUAAACCUGACCAGCCGAAGAAACCCGUCAGAGAUUCCGUUACAAAAUGCCUCAUCGAAAGAAGAAAUCGUUCAUCGAAAAGAAGAAGGCCGUGACCUUUCACCUCGUCCACAGAAGUCAGAGGGACCCGCUGGCUGCAGAUGAGAAAGCCCCACAGCACGUCCUCCUGCCCGCCACCAAGGUGGAAGUUGAGAAGCGGCGCGAGGAGCAGAGGGAAUUUGGCGUUUUCUUCGACGAUGACUACAACUACCUGCAGCACCUGAAGGAGGCGUCGUGCCCGACCGAGCUGGUGGCAGCCGGCCCCUUACACACCGACAGGCGGCCUUUUCACCUCUGUGAUGAAGAGGAGGAGGGUGACACGGACAAGGCCGUUCCUGCAGCUUCCAUCAACCUGCCAUCUUCAGUGUUCGCCUCAGAGUUUGAAGAGGAGGUGGGACUUCUGAACAAGGCCGCUCCCAUCUCAGGGCCACGGCUGGACAUGGACCCCGACAUCGUGGCUGCUCUUGACGAAGACUUCGACUUCGACGACCCCAACAACAUCCUGGACGAUGACUUUAUCAUCAAAGCAAACUCUGCGAGUGGAGCAGUGGACAAAGAAGGUGACGACGAAGAUGACGAUGAUGAUGACGAUGAGUGGGAUGACACAGACGAGGAAGAUGACUUUGACUCUGAGGGCGGGUUUUCGGGUGAGGAGGACACGGAAGGGGGCGGCCGCGGUCGAGAGUUUCUGUUCAUGGACGAGGAGACGAAGAGUCGGUUCACAGAGUACUCGAUGACGUCGUCUGUGAUGAGGAGGAACGAGCAGCUCACUCUGCUGGACGACCGCUUUGAAAAGUUUUACGAACAGUUUGAUGAUGACGAGAUCGGCGCUCUGGACAACGCAGAGCUGGAGGGUUUCAUCGAACCGGACAGCGCUCGCCUGGAAGAAGUUAUCAAAGACUACUUCAUACAGAAAGAGAAGGAAUACCUGAGGCCUGAUGACUUGGGUCCCAAAGAACUUCCUGUCGUGAAUGAGGAGGAGGAAGAUGAGGAGGAGGGAGAAGAGAUGGAAACUGUGGUCGUCGGGGCUCCAGAAGAGAAGUGGGACUGUGAAACCAUCAUCAGCACAUAUUCCAACAUAUAUAACAGACCGAAAGUCAUUAAAGAUCCACCGAAGCCAAAGCCGAUCCAGGUGUCCAGUAAGACGGGUAUCCCUCUGGGCGUCCUUCCUGCCAGAGGUCUGACCGCCAAGCAGGCGGAGUGCAUGACGAGGAUCAACGACUCGGACCUGCCUCGUGUCUCCACCCAGCCCCGCGACAAGGAGGAGAGCAGAGAGGCGAGGAAAGCGAGGAAACAGGCCAUCAAGGAAGAACGCAAGGAGAGGAGAGUAGAGAAGAAAGCCAACAAGACGGCGUUCAAGGAAGAAAAAGUCCGACAGGAGAAGCAGAUGUUGCACCUGAGAACGAACGUUCAAGGCAUUAAGCUUUAAUAGCCAGCUGCCGGCGCUCCGCCCUCCACAGACUUUUUUACCCGUUGACGGCGUCAGCAGUGGACACAUUUCUCUUCACUUCAGUGAAGCUGACAGGACGGCAAACAAACCCAAACAAGAGGACUGACGGGGUGCUGAGAGGCUCUGGGUUCUUAGACCAGAGUUUCCUCAAAUCAUCAUCUUCAUAAAGUGCAUUUAAUUCAAAAAUUAAACUAUCUACAGUAAACCAGCUCAGGUCAUCAUGUUAUAACAGUUUGAAAUCCAGGAAUACUAAAGGCUGGGUAUCGAACCAAAAUGUCUUUGUAGCACAGAGUAUUGAAGACUUACGCAUCAAAAGUUGGCUUUGAAUGUCUGAUCAUAUUGUUAAUCUUGUUUGAUCAUUCUCUGAUAUAACAUGAUUUAAAAUCUACGUGUUUGGCAA